CUGAUAGUGAAAAUAAUACACUUCUCACCGGAGCCACGGGAGACCGAAAGAGUAACUUCGGGACAAUUAGUUUAACUUUGACUAUAAAUAUUCCUUCUCACUCCUUGUGACACCGUUAACAGCUCCGCUGGCAAAUCCCGAUUCUCUGGCAAUAUUUAAGCUGCCUGUCAGUUGGCAGAGGCUUGGCGGUGCCCGGCGCAGGGAACAGAAUGAGACCCAGCUGAGCGCAAUAUAUGCAUCAGGACAAAACACUCGGCCUGCAUAAGAAACUAUGGAGACCACCAGCAGCACUCCAUCCUCUGUGACCCCCCCAUGGGAUGUGUUUCCCCAGAAGACUCUGGAGCCCAUAGACAUCGCUGUCCUGGUGCUGUACUUCCUAUUUGUCCUCGUGGUUGGGCUGUGGUCCAUGUGGAAGACGCAGCGCAGCACCGUAAAGGGCUACUUCCUUGCUGGAGGACAGAUGGUUUGGUGGCCUGUGGGAGCAUCCCUCUUCGCCAGCAACGUUGGAAGUGGCCACUUCAUUGGCCUGGCUGGGUCGGGAGCCGCCUCGGGAAUUGCCGCAACCGCCUACGAGUGGAAUGGGAUGUUCUGUGUUUUGGUGCUGGCCUGGCUAUUCCUUCCCAUUUACAUAGCAGCAGGAGUCACGACCAUGCCCGAGUACCUGAGGAAACGUUUCGGAGGCAAAAGGAUUCAGAUGUUCCUGGCGAUUCUCUACUUGUUCAUCUAUAUCUUCACCAAAAUAUCAGUCGAUAUGUACGCGGGGGCUCUCUUCAUCCAGCAAGCCCUACACUGGGACCUCUACAUCGCCGUGGCAGGCUUGCUGGCCAUCACGGCCGUUUACACUGUGGCAGGUGGCCUGGCAGCCGUGAUAUACACCGAUGCUCUGCAGACCCUCAUCAUGCUCAUCGGGGCUGUGACUCUCAUGGUCUUCA